AUGUUCGAAAGCCUUGUCAACGAGAAAAAGGUUCAGUGGCGAUGGACCAGACCUUUUUCUCCAAGAAAGCGCAAAUCAGUUGACUUGGAAGCCUCUACCAUGGACACAGUAUUAGGUAACGUGACCGUAAUCGUCCAUUUCUCCUUGGAUGUUCUGACUAACAAGAGACGAACCGCAACAGACACCGUCGCAUCACGACGAUUUCUCGCCGCUUCUGCUGGUAUUCCAGUCCUUGCUGUCAUCUCAAUUCACCAGAAGACCUACCUUGAGUACAUCCAACAUCAAGCAGAUGAUGUCUUUCGAAACAGAUUAUGCGAGCUGAUGUACGCACCACCUCAUGACCCACCGGCAAGAAUGGACCAAGUUUUUGACAUCCUCACGGGAAUAGUCGAAUGCGCUAACACGACGUACCACUUUGGUAUUGAUGAAACACUUGAGCAUCUCGUUGAUCGCAAUCUAUUUGCUGCACCAGCUUUGGAGUAUCCCCUUCAACCCAAGGCUCGCGCAACAAUGUUCUCGAUCAUUUCUUGGAUUUGUAUGAUCUAUAGCCCUGAAGCCCCAGCCGAACCUUUCGCACUGCGUAUGAAAGCAGACAAGUCAUGUGACCUUGAUACGACAGCUUUGGAUGUUGCCGAAUCUCAGCACUCGAUUUGCGAAACGAUACAGAAGUUCGGCUCGUUGUUACCGGUAAAAGGUCAGGCAACGGAUGCUGACUCUUCCGAGAGAGACCUCUACGUCUCACAGCUGAAUUAUCGCUCGUUGUCCAAGAUUGGCAAGGUCCGGAUCGUGUGGGUUGACAACAUAAGCUCUCACCUAGCGUUUGAUCCCAAGAAGAGAAUCUUGAUGAUCUUCGCCUUGCCCUCGUUCUGUACGGUAUACGAGACUGACCACAAGACUCUGUCCAAGAUUGUAUCGGGUUACUAUGACUCGUACUCCCAACCAGACGCGUUUUCCGUCAAAUCUUACCUCCGAGAAGUGCUUGCGUCGUAUCAUUUGAUCUUCGGCGACGAGAGUAAGGCGGCAAGCCUUUUCAAAGACAUUAUAAAAGGUGCGGAGGAAGUCACAGGUAUUAGAGACCCAUACUUUGACCAUUUUGUCGAGCAAAAUACAGGUGUCAUGCACUCUGCUGGCUUCUACGACCAAUCGAAUGACUUUCCAAUCCUGGGACCGAGGCUUGCCAAAUUGCAGAAUUAUAUGCUCAAACAGGAUGCCGGCACUUUUGGCAUGCUUUGGUAUGAUCGAAGAAGUCUGCUCCAAUGGUACACAAUCUGGAGCGUCAUCACGUUUGGAGGCCUGAGUGUCUUUCUCACUUUGAUUCAGAUAGGCAUCGGUGCGGCUCAAGUACAAAUUUCAAUGGCAUCAAACGGGACAAUCACAUAG